AAAGAAAGAGAAACACAUAAUAUCAUUUCCUUCUUUCGUCUCCAUCAACCUCUCUAAUUUCUUGAUCUACCAAAACCCUCCGCCAUUAAUUUCGCUCGCCAUGCCUAUUCUUCUUAACAUCACAGACCUCCACAUCCCUUACUACACCCACGACUACUACGAUAUCACUAUCGACGACGAUGAAAUCCUCACUCUCCGCACUGCCUCCAUCGACGUGGUCAACUUUUGGGUCGCCACCAUCCUUGAAGUCAAUAACCGCCGCAUCCGCCCUCUCAUCGUCGGUCUCGACAUCGAGUGGCGUCCUUACUUUGGCCCUAAACCCAACCCCGUCGCCACUUUACAGCUCUGCGUUGGCCACCGCUGCCUCAUCUUCCAACUCCUCUACUGCCCGGCUGCCCCUCAGGCUUUGGUCAAUUUCUUGUUCGACUCAUCCUGCACUUUCGUCGGCGUCGGAAUCCACCAGGACGUUCAAAAGCUUUACCAUGAGUACGGUCUGACUGUCUCCAACGUUGUGGAUCUUAGGGAUUUGGCUGUUAAUAAGUUGGGGAGAACUUACCUGAGGUAUGCCGGACUGAAGAGUCUGUGGAGGGAGGUUCUUGGAAGGGAGAUUGAGAAGCCGAAAUAUAUAACUCUGAGUAACUGGGAUUCUGUAUGGCUGAAUUAUGCUCAGAUACUCUAUGCUACUAUUGAUGCAUUUAUUUCGUUUGAAAUUGGAAGGAGUCUCAUGAAUCUUUGAAUCUUGAAUCUUGAAUCUUGAAUCUUGAAAGGAGUAGAUUCUUGUUAGGUGUUUUGAUGAUGAAAUCAGGGUUUGGGAUACUUUUGCCAUUCUUUUCAUGGCUGUUUGUGUUCUGUAUUUUGAUUGAUUCAGUUUAUGAUAGUUUGUUUGUUUGAGCUGCU